ACUAAGCUGUCAAUGUUCCUGAGAUUCGAGAUUCACACGUGUUUAUAGUGGUUAUACUUAAAGUAGUUUUUAAUAUAUUGGAAUAAUUGGUAAUAUAAAUAACACAAAACUAUUAUAUAAAUGGGUCGUAAAGCUAAAUUUGAUGAAACGAAGAAAGUAAAGAAGGGACCCGGAAGAAAGGCUAGAAAACAACCUGAUCCUGUAUUUAAAAAAGGACUCUUGGACGAUGAUAAAGAAGAAAAAAAGUUAAGCCACAGACAGAAACAGAGGGCAGCUCGUAGAGUUAAAAAGAAGAAGGAAAUUGUAGAAAAAAAGAAGGCUCUAAAAGAAGCUAAGAAAAAUGUUGCUAAACAACAAGAGAAGAUAAUCGAAAAAGAAUCAGACCAAUCUUCAGGAGAGGAAAAUGCCCAAGGUUUCACAGAUGAUAAUAAGGAAUGGUUAAAAUUAAAACCAAAAAAUAAGAAAAAUGUAGAAGAACCAAAAGCAGACAGUGAGAGGGAACAGGAUGAAGUUUCUGAAGAUGAAGAAAUGUCAGAAGAGGAGUAUGAACAAGACCAAGAUUUUGAAGAUGGUGAUGAUGAUCCUAAAGUUAAACAGAAAUCAGGCAAAGAAACAUAUAAGGUUGGCAAGCUUGAUGACCUAUUUGUAGAUACAGAUGAUGAGCAAGAUAAUGAUCAAGAUAAUGAAGAAGAGGAUGACACAAAUGUUUCAAACAAAAUGACUUAUGACUCUGAUUCAAGUGAGAAAGAUGAUGAUGAUGAGGGUGAUGAUGAUGAUGAUGAUAUGCUGCCUAUAGAAAAAGCAAAUAUUAAAUUGAAGAAGAGACAGAAGUUAGACAAAAAGUUAGCUGAUGAGGAGCUACAACUAAAUAUUGCUAAACAGGAUGUAUUUGCAUUUCCUAGUCAAGAAGAAUUAGAUAAUCCAACUAGUUUGCAAGAUAUUCAUCAGAGGAUAAAAGACGUUGUCACAGUUUUAGGAGAUUUUAAUCGAUUGAAACAAGAUGGCAAAUCUCGUUGUGAAUAUACAGAUUUGUUAUUGAAAGAUUUAUGUGUGUACUACAGUUAUAAUGAAUUUUUAAUGGAGGUUUUAAUGCAAAUGUUCCCAGUUCAAGAGCUGGUUGAAUUUCUCGAAGCGAGUGAAGUUGCUCGGCCAUUAACAAUAAGAACUAAUAGUCUUAAGACCAGAAGACGUGACUUAGCUCAAGCUCUAAUAAACAGAGGCGUUAAUUUAGAUCCUGUGGGAAAGUGGAGUAAAGUUGGGCUUGUGAUUUACAGUUCAACAGUUCCGAUUGGUGCUACCCCUGAGUAUUUGGCUGGUCAUUAUAUUUUACAAGGAGCAUCAAGUUUUCUACCUGUUAUGGCAUUAGCACCACAAGAAAAUGAGAGAAUCUUAGAUAUGUGUGCUGCACCAGGUGGUAAAGCAUCACACAUUGCUGCUAUUAUGAAAAAUACAGGUUCACUUUUUGCCAAUGAUGCUAACAAGGAUAGGACCAAGGCCGUUGUUGGCAACUUCCACAGAUUGGGAGUUGUUAAUGCAGUUAUCUGUAACUAUGAUGGUCGACAAUUCCCAGAUGUAAUCAAAGGCUUCGACAGGGUUUUACUUGAUGCUCCUUGCACUGGUACAGGUGUCAUUGCAAAGGACCCUAGUGUUAAAACUACAAAGGAUCAAAAAGAUAUCCAAAGGUGCUUUAAUUUGCAGAGACAGUUGUUGCUGGCUGCUAUAGAUUGUUGCAAUGCAAAAUCUAGUACUGGUGGCUAUAUUGUAUAUUCAACUUGUUCUAUAUUACCAGAGGAAAAUGAAUGGGUAGUAAAUUAUGCAUUAAAAAGACGUAAUGUAAAAUUAGUCCCAACCGGUCUUGACUUUGGUACUGAAGGUUUUGUGAAGUACAGGCAUCACAGGUUCCAUCCAUCCCUCAAGUUAACCAAACGAUUCUACCCACACACACAUAAUAUGGAUGGAUUUUAUGUAGCGAAAUUAAAGAAGUUCUCUAAUGUCAUUCCUGAAGUUGUCAACAAUGAAGAAGAUGAAGAGGAAGUAAAGGAAGGUGAUAAAGUGCAACAGAACGGAGAUGCAACGCCAAAUGAACAAACAGAAGCAAUAAAAAAGUCAGCGAAAAGGCCAGCAGAGACUAAUAAAAUGGAACCACAGAAUAAGAAAAGUAAACCUGCAGGAGUUGUUAAUGGAGGAAAAGCAAAUAAUAAAAAUAAAGAAGUAACAAAGGAUAAUUCGAAAGAGACGAAACAAAAUGUAGAGCAAACACAAGAAAAGACAAACACUAAAAAUGACAAGAAAAAACGUAAUAAAAAGAAAAAUAAGAAAAAUUCAGCUGGCCAAAGUGAGCAGAGUACUCAAAAUUCAAAACAAACAAACGUUCAAUCAAAGGAAGGCGGUAAAAAUAAAAUCAAUGUAAAUGCCACUCAAAUAAAAGUUCAAGAAGAUACAGUCGUGAAAACCGCACCAAUUGCACUGCAAUCGAAAAUAGUACCGAAUCAAAAGAAAACAGAAGUCAUUAACAAAACUAAUGAUAUUACAGAGAAUCAAAGUCCAGGAAAAAAUAAAAACAAAAAGAAGAAGAAACAAGGUUUGAAAAAACCAGAAGCAGAUGCUGUCAAUAAAAAUGAAGCAAAGAUAACUGACAAAAUAGAGAUAGCAGCAGCAAAAAAACUUAAAAAUAAGAAAAAGAAGAAGCAGGUUGGACAAUUAAAUGAAAAAAAAAUUGGUGGAUCAAAGUCAAGUAAGCCGAGUAUAUCAAACAAGUUUAAUGAAAAUAAGGUUAAAAAAAAUUAAAUUGUUAUAAUAAAUAAAAUUUAGUAAUAUACUACUAUGACCAUGAUGAAUAAAUGUAUUUUUUAUUUAA